AUGGCACCAUCAUACAACUAUGAGUACUUCAACGUUACAUUUCCUGGAGAAUAUGUCGCGCAGGUCGAGAUCAACAGACCCGAGAAGAUGAACGCCUUCAACGAAACCAUGUGGAAGGGCAUCGGCCAAAUCUUCGAGCGCCUAUCUCAUGACCCGGAUGUACGCUGUGUGGUCCUGACCAGCGCUGGCGACAGAGCCUUCUCGGCAGGUCUCGACGUACAAUCAGCAUCGGAGACCGGAGUGUUGUCAGGCAACGACGGGAUCGAUGCUGCAAGAGUGGCACAACGACUCCGUCUCCACAUCGAUGAGUUCCAAGCAAGCAUCAGUCAAAUCGAGAAGUGCGAGAAGCCCGUGAUUGCCGUACUACAUGGAGUCUCCUUUGGCCUGGCGCUAGAUAUGACUCUAUGCGCCGACAUACGUAUCUGUGUCUCUACCACAAAGUUUGCAGUCAAGGAGGUCGACAUCGGACUUGCAGCAGAUAUUGGCACUCUGACUCGCCUACCUAAGGCCAACAUCCCCAUGUCAUUCAUCAAGGAUGUCGCUCUGACAGCCAGGAUAUUCACUGCACAGGAGGCUCUGACAGUCGGAAUCGUGUCUGCCAUCUACGAUACCAAGGCUGAGGCUUUGACAAAGGCAGUCGAGAAGGCCACACUGAUCGCUAGCAAGAGUCCGGUGGCCAUCAUGGGUACCAAAGAGGUCUUGAACUACUCGAGGGAUCACUCGGUGCAAGAUGGUCUAAGAUAUGUCUCGGUGUGGAAUGCGGCGUAUUGCAACACUGCAGAUGUCACCGACUCGUUGACGGCAGGCAUCAAGAAAACCAAGCCUGUGUAUGCAAAGCUUUGA